AUGACGGAUCUCGUGGACGAAAUCAGUGGGCUUUUUGAGCGGGGGACGCCCGGUUUUGCGUUCAACAAAGUCUUUCGUUGCUUUUCGGGGAAAGGCAAUGGCCUUUUAUUUCGUCUUGUGAACGACAAGAAGCAGUGGGCCUUUUAUAAUGAUACGGAGGACAUGAUAUUCCGCGUUGUUGCGAGACUUGGCAAGGAAUCCAAAGUAAGGUCUCUAGGUCGGGCGAAGAUAACGGAGAGGGAAGAGGGGGAGAACAAAGAAUGGGGAUACAACGCCACUGUGGUGGUUGACCCCGGACGCACGGAGCGAUUUCUUGAGGGCAACGUAGAGGGGUUUGAGAUCGACUUUUUCAGUGAGGCAGCGCCGGCAGAUGAUGUUGAAUUUAAAAACGGCCGCCCGGCGGUACAGUACGACAGUGUUUACAAGUGCCUGAAGGAUCACGACAACGGACUCUUGUUUCGCCUUGUCUCGACAAACAUGGAGACUGGAGAGAGCACGUGGAGCUACUACAAUGACACAAAGGACUUCACAAUGGGGGUGGAGGUGACGUUUGCCGAUAAGAGCUGCGUACGUCCGCUGGGCAUGACACGGGUUGAGCGUGAUCCUGAGAACGAGGGACGGGUGGUGUACAAAGUUUCUGUGGCACCGUUGCGCACGCAGACGUUUCUUAUUGGCAAUCCGCGCGAAUACCGACAGUCAUUUGUGGCAAAUCCCUUGGAUAACGUUCCACCUGAGGACUUAAGUGACAUUUGCUUUGAAAAUGGCGGACCAAAUCCCGACGUGAUUGCAUAUCCAUGCAGUAAAAUAUUGAAGGGCUUCAAGGCGAAGGGCAACGGUCUUGUGUUUCUUCUCAUUGACGAUGAUGAGAAGAAAUGGGCCUUUUACAAUGACACAACCGAUUACAAUAUUACCGUGACGGUGAAAUUUCCUCCCAAGAGCGUCUAUAAGGCAUCAAAGAAGACUACCGUGACGAAAGACCCCGAUGUGGUGGAUGGAACCAUUUGUUUCAUGACAGUGCCGCCUGUCACGACGGAGCUCUUCCUUACGGAUGGUAACCCGACUGUCUAUCAGAUGUCAUUUUCUGCUGUUGGGCUGGAAAAAACAGAGCCAGACGAGCUCCCCGAGUACGAGAACUCCGGCCCAGACAAAUAUAUCAUACCGCACUACGACAAGGUGUACAAAUGCUUCAAGGACCGUGGAAACGGCCUGCUUUUUCGCCUUGUGGACGAAGAAAGAGGUCGGUGGGGCUUUUACAAUGAUACAAAAAACUUCGUUUUUAACGUGAGGGUCAGCUUUGAGCAGGAUUCAUCGGUGAGGGUAUUGGGUAAAACGCGGCGGGAGGAGGACGCCGAACUUGGUCCUGUGUACGUGCUGGAUGUGCCGCCCCUUGCCACCGAGCUCUUUGUCAAGGGUGAUCUAUCGGGCUUCAGCACGAAGUUCAGUGGAAAGAGGCAUGUUCGCGCCUAG